AUGAACCCCGCUCGUUCAAGCGGAGUCUUGAUUGCAGGUGAUCAAGCACCACUCACCCCUCCAGUCCACGAACACGCGGGCUCCACUCCGACGCCUCAGACUUCCGAGAGGCGUCAGGCAACAGAAAUGGCUGAUGGCAAGGGCUCCCCACUUCUAGGUUCCAUUGACGUCGAACGCCAGUGCGGCGUCCCGCUGCCCGAGGGCCGUCGAUGUGGUGGCUCUCUGGCGUGUAAGAGGCAUUCUAUGAGCUCGAAACGCGCGGUGGCGGGGAGGUCUGCGCCGUAUGAUCAGUUGCUUGUUACUUUCACGGAAAGGAGGAGAGCUGAGAGGGCUUUGGAAGAGGCGGUUUGA